AAGUAAUGGUUUUCUCUUUCUAAAUAAAUACUGACUUAAGUGAUAUGGUUAUACUUAGGUGGCAAUUUAUAUAAAAGAAAGCACUGGAAGUUGAAGGGACCAAUUGCUUCAAGCAAAAAAUCCAAAAUGGCAGCUCUCUCCUUGUGUGAGGAAGAACAAGAGCCAGAACCACAGAAGAGUGUAAAAGAAUCCAAAUAUGGCAACUGUGACGAUGAAGAUGCUGAUCUGAUCUUCGUUGGGGCGGAUCAUGUAAACUAAGAUGCUGAAAUUCACUUUGUCAGGGUGAUUUCAAAUUCUAAACCAGUCAUUUCAAACGUUUUGAACAGAGUCACCCCGGGUUCAUACUCAAAAAGAAAGAAAGACCACCCCAGUCAAGGUACUGGUCAUGCAUUUCAGCCUGAAAAUCAUAGGACCUUUACAUCAAAAGAGAUGACCAUCUUGCCAGUUUCUCAGCCUGAAUCAAGAUCCGUAGAUGAUCCUAUUAUUGAUUGUUCAUCCACACCCUGUUACAAAAGGAGAUCACAACAUAUCGUGUCUCAUAAUUCCUUAGAUUUGUUCUUACCAUGGACUCAGCAUGUAGUUGGCGCUGCUCUUUCUGUAGGCAGUACAGAUGAAAGUCCUCAUGAUUUAAAACAACUUUCCACUUCUGAUAUGAACAGUGGAAAUCCCAAAAGGCUUAAACUCAGUGAUGCAAUCUCAGGGGGAUGUUCUUUGGUUACCCUAUCUGGUAUCUCUCCUACAGUUAACACUAGUACACCCUCAACAGGUGUUCACACCUCGUCAAGUAGUGGUCAAAAUGAAGAAUCGUUUCCUCAGGCUUGUGCAAAUGAUAUGAUACAUUUCAGUCUUAGGAAUCCAGUCAUAGAAAAUAGCUUUGAAUGACUGCAGGAAACAGACUUUUCAGGAAUAGCAAAUCAACACGAGACCUUUGAUUCCAAGAAAAGAAAUCUGAUCGUGUUUCUUCAUGACUUCUACUAUGGAAAACAUGAUGGAGAUGGGCAGCCAGAACAGAAAACUCACACAACCUUUAAAUGACUUAGCUGCCUGAAAAUUCUAAAGAAUGUAAAUUUUAUGAAUCACAUGAAGCACCAUCUGGAACUUGAGAGGCAGAGAGGUGACAGCUGGGACAGCAACACCACCUACCAGCACUGCUAUCGGCAGGUUCCCACUCCCUUCCAGCUACAGCACCACAUUGAAAGUGUGCUUAUCACCCAGGAACCCUCCACUGUUUGUAAAAUCCGUGAAUUGUCAUUUGAAACAGACCAUGUUCUCUUACAACACAAGAAGGACACACAUAAGCAUGGUGAAAUGCCCUAUGGGUGCCAAGUUUGCAAUUACAGAUCAUUGGCCUUCACUGAUGUGGAAACCCACUUUAGAAACUGUCAUGAAAACACUAAGAAUUUGCUUUGUCCAUUCUGUCUCAAAAUUUUCAAAACUGCAACACCAUACAUGAAUCAUAAUUGGAGGCACUGGAACAAGACAAUCUUGCGGUGUUCCAAAUGUCGCCUAAAGUUUUUAACCUCAAAGGAGAAAAUUGAGCAUGAAACCAAGAACCAUCAAACAUUUAAAAAGCCAGAGCAACUGGAAGGGUUGCCUCCUGGGCAGGGGGAGCUUAUUAUUCAAACUUCAGUUCAAUGAGGAUCAAAAGGCACAGCAUCUAUUACUGUGAGCACAACUGACCCUUGGCUGUCAACUGCAAGAACUAAAAAGAGAAUAGCUAUGAGGACUAGAUGUUCCAGACUCCCUUGCAGCUAG